AUGUUCCCAAAAGAUUUUUUCAAAACAAGAACUAUACUGGCUCCCACACUAGACAUUGUUGAAGAGGUCAACAACCAUCUGAUGGCUAUCAUUCCUGUAAGGGAAAAAUUAUAUCUUAGUUCGGAUUCCAUUUGUAUGGAUGAAGGGAAUAUGGAAAGUCAACUAGAUCUCUAUAGUCCUAAAUUACUGAAUAACAUAAAUUGUUCUGGUUUGCCUCCACAUAAACUAAUACUCAAGGUUGGUGUUCCGGUGAUGUUACUGAGGAAUAUUGACCAAUCUAGUGGUCUUUGUAACGGUACAAGACUACAAGUUAGGAAGCUUAGAAAUCAUGUCAUAGAAUGUGAAGUCUUAAUGGGUAAUAAUGUUGGUCAUAUUGCUUUGAUUCUAAGAAUGAAUAUGGUACCAACAAAUGAAACCGUCCCAGUUAGAUUCCAACGAAGACAGUUUCCCAUAAUAGUAUCAUUUGCCAUGACAAUAAUAAGUUUGAGGGACAAACUUUAUCUCAUGUUGGAUUGUACUUGCCCAGACCAGUUUUUACACAUGGCCAACUAUAUGUGGCACUUUCAAGAGUUAAGAGUAAGAGAGGUUUAA